AUGUAAUGAAACCACUUGUAUUGCCUUUUGUUGGGCCUUCAAUAUUUUGUAUUGCCUUUUAGAGGUUGGAGGGCAUUCGGAGUUAGAGAUAGAGAGGAAUCGUAAGUAUAAAGAGUUAUAGAUAGAGUUGAAUCUGAAGUAUAAAGAGUUAUAGAUCCGUACAAAUAAAUUGAGCGAGUGGGUUGGUAUUAUAUAAAGGAAGACUAAAAGGGUUUGUUGUUAAACAAAGAUUAGUUUGUAGUAACAAUGAUGUUUCUCCUUGUCGGCGGAACCAGGAAGCUCCGAUGGUUCUCCACGGCGGCGGCGCAGCCAUAUCUCCUGGUGAGAGAGAGGGAGGUCACCUUGAAGUCCUCCAGUGAAAGAGUGGUCACCUUAAAUCUGUUGGAUCCGUGUAAGCUUGAGAUGGUGAAGAUCCCCGGCAAGACUCUCCCGACGGAGGUUGGUAAGUCGUUGAGGAUAGGUUCAUCCAAGGGAUGGGUGGCUCUGACGGACCUUCAAAAUUCGAAACUGCGUCUCACCAAUCUAUUUAACCCUUGUGCCUCUUCACCAACAACAAUAACACUACCCCCUCUCGACGGGUCAGUUGCCCGAGUUUCCAAGGUCUCUCUCUCAGCCUCCCCGAACCAACGUGACUGUGUAGUGGCUGCUAAGUUGUUUGCUCCACUCGUCAGUCUGUGUCGGCCUGGUGACUCGGAGUGGACACACAUCGAGACCCCAAACAAUUUCUUCACUUCAGCUGUGAUGCACUCUAUGAGAGACCAGAAGUUCUAUCUCCAUUCCCCGGAUACGGCUCCGACUGAUCUGAUCAAGACUUGCUCUGACUUUCCUCCGGUGAGUCCUUACCGGAGGUUCCCUUUUUCUGACAUCCCCAAGACCACACAAGAUUUGUAUCAGUCAUCUAUCUUCAGAACUCAGUACUUGGUCGAGUCACCUUCCGGGGACUCUUUCAUCGUUAUCUGGUGUAUGGCUGGUGGUAAGAUGGAAAAAGAGACGUCAAGACUCAUGUGCGACACCAAGGGCUUUAUGGUGUUUAAGCAAGACCAUGGUAAGAAGUUGUCUUCCUAUACACAAGACAUUGGCGAUCUCUGCAUUUUCCUAGGCAAGAACGAAUCCUUUUGUGUCUCUGCCACAAAAUAUCCGGGGCUGAACCCGAAUUCAGUCUAUUUUGAAGGCAGUGAAACUGGGUUCGGCUUUUACGAACUCAGCUCAAACACUGUCCACGAUCUCACGCAUUUGGCCCCUUUCUCCGCUUUCUACUUAUGGCUUGCCCCUCUAGAAUAAAAUAAAGCAGCUUUUUGGUCCUUUUGUUUUUUUGGUGUUUGGUUUUAUCUUAGCUACUGCUUAACUUAUUUAUUGGAUUUUCAUCUCGAGUUGAUUUUUAUGUUCA